AGUACAGUAAAAGACCAGUAGGUGGCAGUAUUCCAAAACCAGUUGUAGAACACCAAGAAGACAAAUCGGAAGUUGUGUUGUUUUUGUGAAAGCAUGGCGGUUCUCUGUCAGAUGUAGUCAGUCAGACCACUGUCUGUAUUCACCUCCUUGGUCUUCGUGUUGUUUUUUUUCGUAAACCGUAAACAACAGCUAGAGACGGCGUUAGUGCACAGAACCUUGUGUUGGCUGGUUGUUCUGUUUGUAGCGUCGCAGCUGAGCCGUGCAGAAAUGUGCACACAGAGCAGAGCUGCGGCUCUGAUGGCAAACAUCCAACAGGCGGACAUCGACUCGUCAGGAGUCUUUAAAUACGUCUUGAUCCGGGUCCACAGUCGAGAAGAAGGAGACGAUUCUGAGGUGGACAUCGUCCGCGGAUACGGGUGGGCAGAGUACCACGCUGAUAUUUAUGACAAGGUUUCAGAGGAGCUGGAGAAGGACGGUGUUCUGGACUGUGAGUGUAUUGGUGGAGGGAGGAUCAAACACGACCCUCAGGACAAGAAGAUCCAUGUGUACGGAUACUCCAUGGGAUUUGGGAGAGCUAAUCACUCCGUCACCACUGAGAAGUUAAAAGUUCGGUAUCCAGACUACGAGGUGACCUGGGCCAACGAGGGUUAUUGACACAAGAGCAGCCUCUGCUGGACGCCUUCUAUACUGAACUCUAACAAACGUAAUUAGAGGAAAUAUUCUCUAAAUUAAAAAGAAUAGCUCGGAGUAUACAUUAAUGAUUCUGAAACUGGUAUUUAAGAGAAUGUUGUCUAAAUAACAGAAACCUAAAUAACAGUGACUUGUUUUAAAGUCGGAUCGUUGAUGUAAAAAAAAUGUGAUUUAAAAAAAACAAACUAUCUUCUUCAGUUAGAAAUGAGCUCAUUGUUUUUGAAUCUGUUAAGCUCUUCGUGCAAACGCUGAGCUAAAGUUGUGUUUAUUAUCAUGCAGCCAAUAAAGCACUUGUCAGACGA